UACUCUACACACAAGUUGGAGAGUUCCUUUUGGAACUUCCAGACCAGCCCUAUUAACACUUGUGCAGCCCUCCAUUGGUUCACACCACAGGGGAGAGAGAGUCUACUUUUAUACAAAGGAACUUUAGUGCCUGCUCGUCAGCACUGAGCAUCCAUACAUUGGCUGUGCAAUCACCAUGACCAGCUCCAGGCACAGGAAUAAGAGCGCUUCUCCGGAGAACAGCUCCCAGGCUGCAGCUGCAUCUGCCAAUGACCUGGCCAAGAAGAGCCCAAAACCCAACAAGGUGGCAGCGGCAGCCCCAGGGCCGGGACCCGGGGUACUGCACAGACUCUGUACCCUGGUGUUUUACCUGGUGCUGAUUGCAGGAGCUGCUGCCACUGGCUGGUUUGUCUACAAUCUGCUGGAAGAAGUUUCAUCAAUCAACAGCAAAUUACAGCACUUAUCAGAGCAGAAAGGGGAACUGGCCCAGACUGUGAACACUCUCCAGAAACAGGUUGAUUUACUUCAGAAAACAGUUGGAAGAGUGGAAUUUAUUUCAAAAGACAUUCAGGAAAAGCAGCAAAGCCAUGACACGUCUAUCAAAAAUAGUGAAAAGGAGCUGGACGUAGUUAGUGUGAUCCUUAAGAAGCUGCAGAAAGAUGUUUCUAAUGUCAUCCAAAAUGUGAAAGACCAGGGCGACAGAGAUCUCGUCCUCUUUGACAGAACAAUGAGGGAAAAGUUUACAGAAUUAAAUAACUCCAUUAAUGAUGAAAUAGCCGAGCUUACUGAAGUACAGAAGUUAAACCAGGAUGAUGUUAACAACGUGAAGGCUAAAAUAGCUUCAUUAGGAGAAUUAAAUUCAAUCAACGAUGAACUGAAUGCAUUAAAAGAGCUUGCCGCUCAAUUACAAACCUCCUAUAAAUCCAAAGAAGAGUCUAUCGACUGGUUAAUUAACAAUGCCAUAAAUGUGGAUUCCGUUACUGCCAACAGCAAUCAAAUUGUGGCUCUCAGGAACGAACAUGAAAAUUUAAAGAGAGAUGUUCAGGAACAGUCGGCAGCAGUAGAGGACUUAAAAGAAAAGGUUUUGAAAAACGAUGAGUCCAGCGUGAAGGGGGAACUCGAGAGGAUUCUCAAUGAUUUUGAACAAAUUUCCUCUUCUGUGUCAGAGAUGGAAAAUAAUUAUGUCUCUGCUAAUAAUGACUUGUUGAAAGAGAUUGAAACUAACAGAGAUGGCGUGGAACAGAGGCUGGGACCUCUUGAAAGUACAGUGGAGGCUUUGAAUGCUGAGCAGUCUGCUGUGGAAUCUUUGAAAACCAAUUUCGAGGAAUACAGCAGGAGAUUGAAUGCCAUCGAGGAGGCUUUCGUUGGUUUGAAGCACUUGUCUUCUUCUGAUGCUCAGGGAAGCCCUGAGGUAUCCAAGACCUUAUUAUCAUUGAACAAUGCUCAGCAGACUUUAUCUCAAGAUAUAGAGAAGUUAAAAUCCAACAUUGCAGUCCUACCAAACGCUGCUGCUGAUUUUGAGAAAUUACAGCUGGAUGUCACCAGCGUUAUCGAAAGUCACAAGGAGCAGAUUGAAGAAUUGAAGUAUGACUGGGACCAGUGGAAGAGCAAUGUGGCUGGGUCAUCUGGACAAGACAUUGGGGUUGACAGUUUGAACUCCUCCGUUAAGAAACUGGAGUCGGACUUGAAGAUGCUAAGGGAGGCGGUGGAUAGUUUGGUGGCAUAUUCUGUGAAAAUAGAAACCCAUGACAAAGAUUUAGAAUCUGUUAAAGAGUCUUUUGAAGACCUUAAAGAAAGUACUGAUAAACUUCUAGUUAAAUUUGAACAGAUCCAAGAGAGUGUAUAACUGUACUAUAUGUGCCUAGAAGACCUGUAGGAUUUUCUAUCUCUAGAGUUUUCAUUAAAGUGUUCAGGUUUUUUUUUU